ACUCAUCAAGGGGGAAGAAGAACACGGCCCGCGUCCCGGCGUCUGUUCGAACCUUCAUCAGGCUAUAUCAGAAAGAGAUGGACUUUUACAAUUACUAUGGCUACGACAAAGCAGGAUCGCACGUCUCAGUCAAGACAAAAAGACCAAUCGUUGACGAAUACAGUAGUUCCUCUGUCCACGAUCAAGUUGAACAACAAACCCCGUUCCUUCCCCAACCGGAACCCACUUACCAAUGGACUCCCGCUAGAGAACUUCCCGUAGAACCAUCGGCGACCCAGAGCCGCAACGAAGUCGUUUUGUCACCACCUAUUCUGUCUCCAGAGCCUUCGUGUCGGACCUCAAGCGUUCAGGCCGCGGAAGAGCUCUACAGCCCAAGUAACGAAGAUCUUGGUGCGGACCGGAUAGAUCAGGGUACCCAGACACAAGACUACGAAGUGGGAAACACCACUGACUUCGGCGGGGAGCUGGCAGGAACGCAGACUAAUCCGGCUGGCGACGUGAAUCCGGUACCGGUUGUUCCAAAAGAAGUGGCAUUUCCGCAACCUGUACCAGCGCUCUCAAUUUCUCGUCCUAAGAAAAAGGAAGGAGGCGUUACUUGCCGCACACUAUGCAUUCUUGGCAUUGCCAACAUUGUUGUUACCGCCAUCGCAAUAUUCUACCUCAUCAGACUCGUGGAUAUGGCUGUUGAGGCGAGUAGAAAGGAGGCGACCCGCUCCGACGAGUUAUCCACAUUUUAUCCAGAAGGCGAUGGAAGUGGAGUACGCGGUCGGAAAAUAGUUGAGAGUACGACUUUGGAAGAUAUUUCAGCCAACGAGUAUGCAGAUGCAGAAGACGACGUAACCGAGAGCGGCGAUCGGACUGCUAAUUUGUUCGAGGUUUCAAAGCGGACGUCGGGGUUAUUUCUAAAUGUUACCGUCGUGCCUCGGCCAUAGCCCUUACAUCUAUCUCACCAAGCCGUAGCGUCCUUGACAUGACUUCAGUGAUCCUUUGCUGCCGUAUCUUCGCAACCUUGCCUCGUGAGCGGCGUGCAUCUCGCUUUCUCUUUUCUCACACAUAUUCUCAUAAAAUAAAUGCUACCA